AGUCAAGGAACCAUGAAGAUGCUGCAACUGGAGCCACUACUGAGGACUUCAGCCCCUCCUCUCGUCAGGAAACAGCAUGGACUCCUGCACGCCUCAGCCGUCGCGCCGUCACAACCCCGUCGACAGCAUCUGCCGCAAACUGCGCGCCAUUCAAUGGCGUGGUGACCGGGAGCCCAACACGCCUUUCCAGAUCCCCAAACUGUCGUCCAGCAGCUUCGACAGCCCUCUGUGUGGUCUCAGGCACAACCUGGAGGCCAUUCUGAAGAGUGGAGCCUUCCACCGAGACGAGGGAGGGAUGGGGACGCCCAUCUCAGGUCCGUCUGUGCGUUUCUCCACCCCGGCUAAUGCCACCUACACCGUCACCAGUUCUUCAGGAGAAAGAAGAGGUCUAGACGAGGGUGACUCGAGACGGGCCAGGCGGCAGAGCCACUGUUCUACCGCUACAACUCAGCCAAAGGACUCCCCGUACUUUGCUUUUGCAGGAGGACCUCAUUCUGACAGAACGAGCAGGAGCCCUCCCUUGUCCCGUACCUUCACUCCAAGUAACGGCACCCCCUCCUACAACGUCAACUUCUGCGCUGCCGAUUCCACAAACUGGUCCGAGUGUGAGCUGCUGUACCCGGCUCUGGUUGUGAAGAGACUGUCCAUGGGGGACAGAGGACCAGGUGCUGCUGAGAACCGAAGGAAGAUGGCAGAUAUCAGUCUGAUCUGCGAGGAGAAUCUGCUCGAUACCAUAUUUCACGUGUGCGACACCCAGCGCAGAGGCAAAGUCUACGUGUCUCACAUUGUGGACUACUUACGCCACACGACCAGUCGCAGCUCAGGAGACACGGGGCUGGAGGAGCUUUGCAACAUGCUGGACCCAGAACACAAAGAUGUCUCCAUCGAUCUGGACACCUACCAUGCUGUCAUGAGGGAGUGGAUUGACGACUGCCACAACAACGGUCAGGAGACCGUAGACAACCUCCAGGAGGACUCGGUGAAACACAAAGACGGUGUUUCUGCCAGGAGGUCCAUGCUGCUAAAUAUGACCUCAGGAAGCUUGGAGGCAUUAGGAGGAGACGUAUCCGGAGCUGAACUUGAAACGUCAGAGCUGGUUAACUGUGUUGCCGACCUCCAAAUGAGCAACCACAAGCUUCAGGAGGAGGUGAAAAAGCUGAAGCAGGUGAUGGAGAGCAUGGAGGAGAGCAACCAGAAGCUAGCAGAGGAAAAUGAGCAGCUACGCCACCGGGCCACGGUUAACCAGCAGCUGGCCCAGAAGGAGGAGAUGCUGAAGGAGGAGGUGGAAGAGAUGAAGGCAUCUCUGACCUGCACAGAAGAAGGCAGAGCUCGCGCCUCCGCACACAGCAAACACAUGGAGAAGGAAAACCGGAGUCUGAUUGCCAAGAUCGCAUCUCUUCAGGAGGAGAACUUCAAGGUCAUUAUGGAGACUGACGAGCUUCAGAAUAAAAUUAAAGAGCUGUGUGACCUUAACGCUGACCUUCAGAUGAAGAUUCACGCCCUCGACGCCGUCAUCACUGAGAAGGAAUCCGUUAUUUUAGAGAAGAGCAGGCAGGUAGAAGAUCUGAAGGCAGCAGUAGAAGAGCAAUCUGCCAUCACAGAGCUGCUGAAGAAGGACAAGAACAAACUGGAGAACCAGAUGCGGACGAUUCUUCCGGAUCUGGCUGGGGCCAGCCUGUCGUUGGCUUACAGACCGAACCAGAGCUGCGUCAGGUCUCUGCAAACUGAACUGGCUCUGGCACAGUCGCCACUGGAGGCUGACCUCGGAGUUGAGCAUUUGACGAACGUGCAGUCGCCGCUGGACGAGACGCUGGACAGAGGGGUGCUGCUGAUGCUGCAGGGACCCAGCCCCGAGCACACGCCUCUGGAGUUUGAAUGCCUCCUCAACAAACUGAAAAGGGAUUUAACAGAAGAAACCGGCUCCGUCUUGUCUUUGGUUCAAGACCUUUUGAACCGGGACACAAAGCCUGACGACGCCUCCGACGCUCGUCUUCAGAGGGUGAAGGCCGAGCUGGAGUCUCGAAGAGCAGACUGGCUUAUCAGCCUGGACCAGCUGGCUCAGUACGUGGACGCGCUGGAGAAGGAGCUGAUCAAAACGGCCGGCAGCAUGAGGAGGUCCCGCACCGAGAUCCUGAACCUGUCCGACAGUUCUAACUCUGCUGCCUGCACAGACCCAGAGCUUUGUCCUCAAACUCUACAGGACGAGGCUGCAGAACCAGUGAGCGCCCACACACAAGCUGUCAGCAUGAAACACCCCGAGGCGGACGAUCUGUCCCACACACAAAACAACGCUGAAGAGGUUGCAGAGUUUCGUUCCGAUUCUUCUGCACCAACUCCGAGCUUUCCACCCAAACCGGAGCAAACCAUCGCAUCUGCGGACCCUGCGCCUGCGGACCAGUCCACUGCGCCUGCGGACCCUGCUCCUGCGGACCCUUCCACCGCGCCUGCGGACCCUUCCACCGCGCCUGCGAACCCGUCCACUGCACCUGCGAACCAGUCCACUGCACCUGCGGACCAGUCCACUGCACCUGCGGACCAGUCCACUGCACCUGCGGACCCUGCGCCUGCGGACCCUUCCACUGCACCUGCGGACACUUUCACCGCAGCAGCAGAUCUGGAUUCUCCCAGCAGCGCAUCACCCAGACCAGAGGAGGCAACGACUCAAACCCCGAGCGCACCGCUGACUGGCGAGGAUCACAGAGGAGACGACAGACCAGCUGAAGCGGACUCGAGCGCUGCCGAUAUGAGCCGACAUAAGAUCCUUAGUCGUGAGCCGUCGAUGGACAAGACAGCAGUUGAGGACUGUACGAGCCUGUUGCCUGUGCUGGUGGAGGAAGAAGAGAUCGUGCAGGACUGUGCAACCGACGCUCCAACACUUUCAGCCGGAACAGAUCAGAUCACCCGCAGUGGGCCAAACAUCAUCUCUGAGAAGAGCGAUCCUUCGUCAGGGUCGUCCGUCAUACGCAGCAGCCAAUCAGGAGGUGGAAUGAGCAACGCGACCUCUGACCCCAGCAGUCCAGAGCUUGGCGAAGACAAAAAGGACAAACUUAAUGACAAAAAUAAAAAGGAGCUGACUCGCAGCAUGGAGAAAGUUCAGGAUGAGACCGGCGAGGCUCCUCGGAGAGAAUCUGAGACUUCUGUGAUUUCUGACAACGAAGAUGUUUUCAAAGAGGACAGAAACAGUUUGUCGCCUAGUGAUAAAGAAAUUGAGGCAGAGUUCCAGCGCCUGGCUCUUGGGUUUAAGUGCGAUAUGUUCACGCUGGAGAAGAGGCUUCGGCUGGAGGAGCGAUCACGUGACCUCGCCGAGGAAAAUGUCCGCAGGGAAGUGUCCAGCUGCCAGGGGUUGCUGCAGGCUCUGAUUCCUCUGUGUGAAGAUGACAGCCAGUCCAUGGAGAUCAUCCAGAGACUUCAGAAAAACCUGGAUAUUCUCAUCCAGUCCAUGACCAGAGUGUCCAGUCGCUCUGAAAUGUUGGGCGCGAUCCACCAGGAAAAACGAAUCGGUAAAGCGGUGGAGGUGAUGAUCCAGCAUGUGGAGAACCUGAGGAGGACGUACACCAAGGAGCAUGCCGAGCUGCUGGAGCUCCGAGAGGCGCUCAUGCAGAGCGAGAGGUCGUUUGGAUCACAAACGGAAAAAGAUGAUUUUCGGGGCAAGAAACAGUUGCAAAACAAGUCUUCCAGGCGAGGCAGCCAGCCCAUUGUCCGUGCCAGUGGGGGCAGCAUGCAGUUUGAUAUGGCAAAACUCCAGGACGGUUUCGAGACGGAUGCAGAGCGACUGACCAGGCGAUCACCGUGGAAUGUGGCAGGGAAGAGCAUGACACGUCCCCCACUAAAGCGGUUUGUUAGCUCCGCGGCCUGGGUUGACACUGAAGAGCCCUCGGUCAUGAUGAAGGGGCCGCCUAGCACCAACUCAGACUGCCAGUCGGAGGACGAGCCGAAGGAGGAGGAGCUGGCAGAGAGGAGGAGGUCCAGUCUCAGUGAGCUGGGCAGCAAACUCACCUCCUUCAUUCUGCCCCUGAAGACGAGUCAGGACGAGCUGUUUGUAACGCUUCCGAGCUCUUCAUCCACACCGACGUCCACAGAUCCAGGAGUGCCUCCGCCUUCGUCCCACAACCCAACUGGAUCCCGCCCAGCUGCUGCGGCCGUAGCCAGAGGGAGCAGGGGUCUCUGGAUGUGGUUGGCGAUUCUAGUGGUGCUAGCAGGUCUGCUGGCUCUGCUGGCCCACCUGGUGAUGCAGCCCGCAGCCGAUGCGGCGCCCGUGGGGACGGGGGACUCCUGGAUGACCAUCCAGCAGCUGCUGUGGCCGUACGCGGGCCUUCGGCACAACGGACAACCCCCCGUCUAACCCGGGUCCAAUGGAAGGACGGUUCCACGUCGACAGCCCUUUGCAGCAAGUUUUUAUGGGAAAAUGAGCGCUUCAGAGCAGAGGAUGAUGGGAUACCUACUGGUACUUGAAUAUUCCUAAAACAAGACUUGCAUUGACAGUCCAGACCAGGCCUCGGGGGGACGGGUAACCCCCCGGAGGAUUUUAUGUAUCAGAUCAGGUUUGUGUGUUUCUGCACGUCUCUGGACGGGCGGCGGCAUGUCGGCUCCGCCCGUUUGGACUCGCCAUGCUUCGUCAAAUCGUCCCCGUCAGUCGCCACGGCCGCACACGACACCGACCGAUCACGUCACAGGGAUUCAAACUACAGGCCGCUCUGACAGAAUCAUGAGGCUUUUUUUAAAAACAUUUCACGUAUUUCACGAUAAGAGGCUUUAGAAUAUUCUUCUUUGCAACACAGGAAGCAACAAAUGACCUUAAAUUGGAACACUGAUAAUCGACUGCUUUUAUCUUUUUGGUAUUUUUGAGAUUAGUUUU